GUCUUUGUAUAUCUGUUGAGUGUCGACAGUGAUCCUAAGGCCUAGGCGAGGCGGGCUAAUGGUCGUCCAGGCCGUCUUCAGCCUCGGGCGACAGCCAUCAUGCUGAGGAGAAGGUUGGGAAGGGAAACCAACCCAGAUGACCUAAUCUUCAAUCCCCAAGCGUACAACUUUAAGUCAGACCCGAAUAUUGUCUGGCUUCAAGACCCGUUGGAGUGCUUCAGGCAAGAUGAAGCUCGACAAUUCGAACAAGUGCAACAGAUCAUCAGGGAGCGCUUGCGCGGGCUGGGCCCUGGAGUUGACUAUGCGGUCGUGCGUGCAGGGCCCCACGACACGCAAAACGAGCACGACGAGUUAGGCACCGUCGUCCGUUGGACCAACAACCGAACCGGUCGUACUUAUAACGUUACUAGUGAUGCGGACCUUCACAUCACUCUCUAUGCCGGAAUGAAGAACGGAAAGCGCGGGGACGAAUUGUAUUUUCAAGGGCACAUAUACCUUGAGAAGAAGCAGCGCCCUGACUCAGACGACUCCGGCGACUUCGACUAUGUCUACCUGGCGGACCCUUCAACCAGGCUGUAUCCCAAGCCCGGCGAACCGCCGGCGUCGGAGGAGUGGCACUACACCACCAACACCUUCCGGAAAACUAGUUAA